CCUCUCAGCCACACUCGGAAACUCCACCGCGUGAUGAAGGCCUCGGACACAUUCCCUCCGUUUCUUUAUUCCUUUUUUCUUUCUGAUUGUUUUCCAUUCCCCUUCAGCUGGGCAGGCAGACAUCUCUCUGUCUGUCAUUAAGGUUUAAUAAAGGCCGUACCCAGCUGCAUCCUUGCUGCCGGCCUGUCUUGUUGUUGUUGAUGAAGUGGCUGCGUAGAGGUUUUGAGAUAAUAGGCCUCGGUUUGAAUGAUGUGAAAAACAAACAAAAACUGGAAACACCGAGAAUUGUUUUGUGUAAAGAGGAGAAACAAGAGUUUUAAUCAAAUGAAGCGGGGUCUGUCCCCGCCCGCUCGGUUCCCGGUUGUUUAAUGUGGAAGUUUCUCCUCUGCCCUGACCCAGGUCACGGUGCCACUCGGUUCACUAUCCCCCCCAACUCCCACCCCAUUACCUUCUCACGCUCUGUUCUCCCAGCCCCCGGGCCGGAACAUUUCUGCGCGCUCGGUGUUUCCCGACGGCGGGGUUCCGCACAGGAAACAAGAUGGCGGACGUGUUCAACCGUUAGGCAUCGGAUCGGGGCGCGCGGCGGCGGCGGCGCUGGAGCUGGAGUAAGGCGAAGGCGUCUCAUUUUUCAAUGUUCCAGUGUCCACUCUUACAUUCUAUAUACAGUAGCGCCUCAACAUACGAACGACCCAGUUCACGAACAAAUCGGUUUACGAACAGGAUUGUACGUAAAAUUUUGCUUCAACGUACAUACGAAAUUCAAGGUGAAAAUGUCAAUGUCACAUCUUUAUGGGAAAGGCCAGGAUGACGACGAAGUGGAGAUGGAGCGGUUUGAAAUUUCAGAUUGGGACUUGGAAAAUGAGUUCAACCCAGACCGCGUACGCCAUCGGCAGACAAAAGAGGAUGCCAUCUACGGCAUGUGGGCUGAGAAUGAUUCUGAUGAUGAAAGGCCAAGCUUUGGGGGAAAACGUUCCAAAGAUUACAGUGCUCCAGUGAAUUUCAUCAGUGCUGGAAUCCGACGACCUGCAGCUGAGGAAAAUGCAGAAGAUAAGGAUUCUGAUGACUCUGAAGAAGAGAAAGUUAAGCGAGAAGAUUUUCCAAAGGAAUUCGCCCCAAAGAAAUUGAAAACUGGUGGCUUUUUCAAAUCUAGUUCAAAAGGAUUCACAGGAGGACAUCGAACAAACCAGGAAAUUGGCACCUGGGAAAAACAUACCAAAGGGAUUGGACAGAAAUUACUGCAGAAGAUGGGUUACGUACCUGGCAGAGGUCUUGGGAAGAAUGCACAAGGAAUUGUGGCACCAAUUGAAGCAAAAAUGAGAAAGGGGAAAGGAGCAAUUGGUGCUUAUGGGUCUGAACGAACAGAGCAGUCACUGAAGGAUUUUCCUAUUGUUGAUUCCGAUGAAGAAGCAGAAGAGGAGUUUCAGAAGGAGAUGAGCCAAUGGCGGAAGGAUCCUACAGGUGGGAAGAAAAAACCCAAAUAUACCUUCAAGACUGUUGAAGAGCUUAAAGCAAAAGGAGCAUCUGCUCUGGGCAAGAAAAUGGCUACACCACAGACAGAGCUCUCACAAGUAAAGGUUAUAGACAUGACAGGAAAGGAGCAGAAAGUCUAUUACAGUUACAGCCAGAUGAACCAGAAGCAUGAUAUUCCUGAUGAUACACAGUCUCCAGUUAAAGAUGCAAAGUCAGAAGGCUUUUCUCUUCCUGAGCUGGAACACAAUCUGCAACUGCUCAUUGAAAUGACCGAGCAGGAGAUCAUCCAGAAUGACCGUCAGCUGCAGUAUGAGAGGGACAUGGUUGUUAACCUCUCCCAUGAGAAUGAGAAGCUGUCUGAAAUCCUUGCCCAUGAGGAUAAGAUCAUAGACAAGCUCAGCAGCAUCUUGCAGAUUGUGGAGGACUGUGAGAAGAGACUGCAGCCCAACUGUGAAAAUCCACUGACCCUGGAGGAGUGUGCAAAAAUUUUUGAAAUGCUCCAGGAGAAAUAUUUUGAGGAAUACAAGAUGUUUGACUUAGCAGAACUCUCCAUUGCCAUAGUAUUUCCACUGCUGAAAGAAUUCUUUAAGACAUGGAAUCCUUUGCAGGAUAACACGUAUGGUUUAGAUGUCAUGUCUAAAUGGAGGAAACUUCUAGAACGGGAUCAGUUGCAGCAUGGAGGAUGUGACAUGCUGUCGUUGGACCCUUACCACAGGUUGAUGUGGGAGGUAUGGAUGCCAUGUGUCCGUAAUGUUGUAUCCCAGUGGCUGCCCCGGAAUUGUGCUCCAAUGGUGGAUUUCUUGGAGAACUGGAUGCCUGCAGUACCUCUCUGGAUUUUGGACAAUAUUCUUGAACAGCUGAUUUUUCCCAAGUUGCAGCGUGAGGUUGAGAACUGGAAUCCACUGACGGACACAGUCCCAAUCCAUGCCUGGAUUCACCCCUGGCUUCCAUUGAUGCAGAUGCGCCUGGAGCCUCUGUAUUCGCCAAUCCGCAACAAGCUUUCCAAUGCAUUGCAGAAAUGGCAUCCCAGUGACUCAUCUGCAAAACUGAUCCUAUUGCCAUGGAAGAAUGUGUUCACACCAGGAUCCUGGGACGCUUUCAUGCUGAAGAAUAUUGUUCCAAAGUUAGGGAUGUGUUUGACGGAGUUUGUGAUUAAUCCUCACCAACAACACAUGGACACGUUCCAUUGGGUGAUGGACUGGGAGGACAUGAUCUCAGCUUCCAGCCUCAUAGGAUUGCUUGAGAAAAACUUUUUCCCAAAGUGGUUACAGGUGCUGUGUUCUUGGCUGAGUAAUAGUCCCAAUUAUGAAGAGGUCACUAAAUGGUAUUUGGGAUGGAAGUCCAUGUUUUCUGACCAGGUAUUGGCUCACCCCACAAUCAAGGAGAAGUUCAAUGAAGCUCUGGACAUUAUGAACCGGGCUGUCACCUCCACAGUUGGUGGUUACAUGCAGCCAGGAGCUCGGGAGAACAUUGCCUAUCUUACCCACACAGAGCGCCGGAGAGACUUUCAGUAUGAGGCAAUGCAAGAGCGCCGUGAGGCGGAGAAUCUGGCACACCGUGGCAUUGGGGUCAGCUCUGCCUCCAUACCAAUGAACUUCAAGGACUUGAUCCAGGCAAAGGCUGAAGAGCACAAUAUUGUCUUCAUGCCCUUGAUGGGGAAACGUCAUGAGGGCAAACAGCUCUACACCUUUGGUCGGAUAGUUAUUUACAUUGACAGAGGGGUUGUGUUUGUGCAGGGGGAGAAAACCUGGGUGCCAACAUCACUUCAGAGCCUCAUUGACAUGGCUAAAUAAUAGACAAAUAGGAGCUGCAGCAAUCUGUUGUACUGUUUCAUUCCAGUGUCCGAAGUUAUACAAGAGGACUCCUGCAGUUUAUCCAAGCAUAAGGUUGGUGAUGACUGGGAAGAGACUUUUGUAGUAUGAAGAGAUCUUCAACAUUCUUGGUUUAUCUGGUUCGUAGUGUUCAAAUGAAAUCUUUACUCAAUGACUGAUUCUAACAUUUGAUUCUUUGGGAGUUUCACCAUGUUACCUUGUAUUUUUUUUAAACAUGUAACACUUCCUGUUUAUUCUAUUGUAUUUUAUUUAUUAGCAAUAAACCUAGAAUUCUGGUUUCAUAAGUUUCAAUGUUCAUAUUUUAAUCAAAAUAAGAUGAUCAGAUGUGAAACUGAUACAGAUCAAUCAGCCAGAGCGUGUUAUUGUUGGAAACAAUAGAGUGAAGAAUUCUAUUGAUGUGCACCACAAUACACUGAUGACCAUCCCUAUCUAAUUUCAGGAGUCAUGCUCACUACAACAAUGUUGCUAUCUGUUAUUUGAGGAUAAACUUGUUCUGCUUUUCCUCUCCCUAUGGUACACAGUAGAGGCUGGAAUCAAUUAGCUGAAUUUUUUAGAUUAGAUUCCCUACAGUGUAGAAACAGGCCCUUUAGCCCAACAAGUCCGUACCGACCCUCUAAAGAGUAAUCCACCCAGACCCAUUUCCCUCUGACUUAUGCACCCAACGCUAUGGGCAAUUUAGCAUGGCCAAAUCACCUGACCUGCACACCUUUGGACUGUGUGAGGGUACAGGAGCACCCAGAGGAAACCCACACAGCCACUGGGAGAAUGUCCAAACUCCACACAGAUAGUCACCUAAGGCUGGAAUCGAACCUGGGCCUCUGGCACUGUGAGGCAGCAGUGCUAACCACUGAGCCACCGUGCCACCCCAAAUUGUACCACAGUCAUAUGACUGCAAUAUAGUAACUAGAACUGUCCACCUCUCACUAUUUCCAAUUCUCCUUCCCAGGGUUAAAAAGAGUACAACUAGCCCUAUAUCAUGGUGAAGUGAUAUGCCAAUCAAGUGAGCAGUGUAAGCUGCAUACCACUGUCAUCAGAAUCCUCUCACUUCCCAAGGUGAGGAUUAAUUAUUGAGCCUUCAGUCCAUUCCUGGUGACAGGAUAGUUUCUAAUGAACAGACAAACAACAUAACCUUCACAAAUAGUUUUGCAGGUAUUAUGUACGCAGUCAUACUUUGAAGUGUAACUCCAGCUUUAUUCAGUAAGACUGUAAGUCUCAUCAAUGGAGGAUCUACUAAUGAUCAAUUAACUUAUGUCAGAAAAAACAACCUUGUAACUUCCUACAAGUUCCCCUAAAAUAGAUAAAAUGGUCUCUCCCCAAGGUGAGCAGCAAGAGAUUUACAAAUUGCUGCCAAUCAAUAAAUUUUCAUCAGCCUUGCAGAUGUGUAAAUGCCUGCUUACAGUUAUCUACCUAACAAAAAAGGGCUAAAUUAAACAUUACUCCACCACAGCAGUAAAGUGAUACAUUGAUUGGAAACAAUGCAUCUUAAAACUAUACUGAAAUGUUUAACCUUCCUCUGCAUUUUUUAAAAUGCCAGCAGGAAUCUUCCAGAAAAAGCUUGCCACAUUUUAUUACUGGAUGCUUCACAGUUCUUGGGAAAAAAUGAGUUGUGUGAUAAUGUAUAGUUUGUAUUUUUAUCACUUUUGUUUUGUUUUCACC